CGAGAACGCAUGCGCAAUGCGCAUUUCGAAUUCGUCAUUCAUCUUUACUGUGGCCGACAUCUCGAUUAUAAAGAUAAUCUUGAUCCGUUAAUUUUGCUUACGAAAUACACAAAAUUAACACAAAAUGCCGAACCAAGUGCUAACUAUAGAGCCGCAAAAUGAACUGAAGUUCAAAGUUGAUUUUUCAGGAUUGUUUGAACUGGGCUACACAACGUACAUGAGGCUGACAAAUCCAUCAGAGCAUACCGUCUUGUUCAAAAUCAAGACCACUGCCCCAAAGAAAUAUUGCGUUCGUCCCAACUCUGGGGUGCUCGAACCAAAUUCCAAGGUCGAUAUAGCAAUUACUCCUCAGCCUGUCCAUGUGGACCCCAAUGAAAAACAUAAACAUAAGUUUAUGGUGCAAAGUGUUAUUGCUCCCGAGGGAAAAACUAACAUAGAUCAAGUGUGGAAGGAAAUAAGUCCUGAUCAGCUUAUGGACUACAAGUUGAAAUGUGUGUUUGAGACACCUCGAGGAACUAAUCUUAACGAUGCUGGUGAUACCGCGGCCCAGAACGAAGUCAAUAAGAAGAGAGUCGCAGUGUCCGCAGCUGAUGAUGUCAAAUCACUAACAAAGGAUGCUGUAGAAGGUCUUAUCCAGAAUGAAGCAAAGAGGAAGGAUGAUGACCUCACGUCGGGAUCGUUAAGCGCGAAAACGACUAAUUUCCCAAAAUCUGAGAACCUCGAAAGCGAUUUGCAAAAGGCGACGAAUGAAGUGAUUCAUUUGAGGGAGGAGGAAAGCAAAUUACGACAUGAAAAUCUUCGAUUAAAAGAAGAGCUGCUGCGCCUGCACCAGUCUGUGGGUGGCGAGGGUCGCGUGGCGCGCCGCCAUUCCUACGGGCCGGAGAAGACUGAGCAGAUCGCGCUGAUGCCCUGGAUCGCCACCGCCAUAGGCAUGGCACUGCUCGGCAUCAUCAUCGGCAAGUUCAUCAUGUGAAUGAUCUUCGACGCCACCUCACAGACGCCGCUGUUACACCACUCCCAACGCAUCCCUCACACAAGGCAGCUUAAACGUUUUUCUUACUAGCGACUUCUACCUUCGAUGCGCUCCGAUCGGGCGCCGUUCAUUGAUGCCCCCUUCGCGGUUUUUAGGAAAUCGUGACAUCCAACUUCUUCCCCAUAUCCACAUCACUAUCAAGAAAUGUAUUAAUUAGAGUCUAUUUAUACUGUUACCCGUAGCUAUUGAACGAACUUUACUGCCUUUGUAUUUCUUAACGUUAGGAAACGGAUUGUUUAGAGGUUUUUAUUUUAUGAAAUUUCUUUAAGGUUAAGGUCAUUAUUAUGUUGUCUUUUAUUUAAAAUGUAUAUCUUAUUUUUAACUUUCGUUGCGCGGAAGUUGUUGCAAGAAGGCAAAUGCAAUUAUCGUUUUUGUUUUUCAAGUAUUUAUUAUCAAAAUUUUCAAUAUUUUGUAUCACUUGUAAAUCUUUCAUAUAAUUAAGAUUCGAGAUGUAAGCUUGUACAGUCCAUUACAAUAGAAAUUGUGCAAGUGUGAAUGGUUAAUCAUAUUGUUGUAGAAACUUUCGACUAGCAGAUUUAUUGGUUACGUUUAGUUUAGAUUAUUUAUUGAUGUCGAAAUUUUGAUAUUAAAUUAUCUGAUAUUUAUAAUCCAAAAUUAUAUAACGAAUACACUUUUAUGGCCUGUAUAGAGCAUGGUUAAAAGUUAUAGUCGGUUAAUUGUUUUGACGUGUACUACUUAUUUAAUAUAUUAUAAGAAUAUAAUAGUGUCUAGUGUUUUUAUUCCAAUAACGAUUGUUAAUAAACUAAGACGUUUGCUUAACAGCUGUGAACUCCAUUGGGUGGAAUAAGUAUCCUGUCUAAUCUAUUUGAUUGGUAAAACCUUCAGAUAAUUUUAUUAUAAUCAAGGUUUUAAGCGUUCCAGUCGUUUCUGAAAGUAUUUACACAUAGACGAGACAAAAUUAUUAAAUGCUCUACCUUACUAGUUCGAUAAAUAUGCUCAAUAACUUUUCUGGGCCCCUCCCCUAAAAUAAACAAAAUCGUUUUUUUUUUUAUUACAAUGAAUGAUAAAAUUGAAUCAUUAAACAGCCACAGCAAAAUGUAUAAUUAUAGUAAGGAGUGAGUUACAAAGAAUUGAAAUCAGUUGAAACAAUAGAAAAUAGUAUGGUAAAAUGUUAACAACAUCGAAAUAUUCUAUAUUCAAUAACUCGUAUUAUAUUAUGACAAUCAUUCAUCAAGCGUUUUCAUAUUAUAACAAUGAAAGUUCUUUUGUCUGUGUCAUAUUUCUAGUAUUUUCAGGUAGUGUACGUUGUCAAAUUCUAUUGAAAUGGACGUUGAGCGAUUUGUGUCUGUACUAUUACUAUUAAUAUAUGACGUUGUGUCGCAGUCGUUUGAGAUUUAAAACUAAAAUCAACUUACUCUAUUAAUUGUUCCUACUUAUUUAAUCAAUGUUUUUCAAAGAGCCACUGUAGACAAUGGGUCUAUUUUGUUCUUUAAAUAUAAAAUCUUGGUUCAUUUAAUAAUAAAAAGACUAAAUAUAAGGUAUAUUAGAAUAAUUUAUAAUUAUAUCAUAAUUAAAUGUUUUGGUGUAACUUUCUUUUAAUAAAAAUUGUAAUCAAUAUUAUUACAUUACAUUUAUUUUGUCACGAACGAUAUGCAAAUUUGAAUCUAAAAUAAUUUCAACUUGUAAUUGAUUGACAUCGAUAUUUUUUUUUUCAAUGUAUUCUUUUCUUGUUCAUUUCGAUAUGUUACUGUUUAAAAAAUGAAUAAUUAAGGAUACAUACAUUUUUUUUUAAAUUAUAAUUUUAAAGUGUAAAAAAGUAUCAAUAUGAUUGCGUGUGCUCGGCUAUAAUCACGAAUGUGUGUAUUGUUACUAGACCGAAGAAACUGCCAUAGUCAUUAUGCUCAUUCAACAUACUUUGCAAUAAACAGAUGACCUGCGACGAUUGAUGACUUUAGUGGUAGUAGUAGGCCAUGCGUUUAAUGCCAUUUUUGUUUCACGAUCAUUAUCAAGUAUCCAACCGUCAUUAUAUCGGACACGACUAGAACACGUGUACGUUAUAAACAUAAUUAGAAUUAGAUAUUGUUUAGGUAUAGUAAUAGAUAUUAUAAUAUGUUCCGUAACGUACCCGAUAGAGUUCAUCUCUAGCGGUUGCGGCUUCACGCAAGUGGAGAACCAAGCGGUAAAACCAUUGAGGUCACCAAAUUACCAAUUUAUUUUUCUUUCUGUCUAUAUCGCUUUAAUGAUGUUUCUUUAACAAAACGCGUGUAUGUAUGUCGUAUGGUGUGGUAUAAAUCCGUCACUGGCCCCAAGGCGUUAUUCUUGCCUGUUUUAUUAGAUUGAUACGAAAAUCUGUUGCACUAUACACUUGCUAAUCUCUAUCUAGGAUCUCCCAAAAAUUAUUUUCUUGCUUUUCUUUUCUGUCCAAGUAUGACAAUUAGGCAAUUCCCACUUUUUUUUAUAUGAUUUUUUGGCUGAUAGACAUUUUGUUAAUCAAAUGCCUUGCCUUGGUUUAUACAAAGGUACAUUUCUCUUAGCCGGACGUUAAUGAUCGUGAAACAUAUUUUUAACUCGAUGACUAUCUCAAAUGAAUGCGACAUUCAUUCUACAAACUAAUACGCAAGUCAAUAUAAUAUAAUACUAGAUAAUAUUUGAUUUCGGAUUUCGUAUUGUAUUGUAUGUAUAUAAUAAGAAGAUAGUAUGUGGCGUAUAUGUUUAUUUAUUACAAAGAACUUUUGUUUAUGGGUGACUCUAUUUUCAAAAUGAAACCACAAAAGUUGCAUCACACACCGACAUCCUAUGACCGGGUUGAACGCUGGUUAUUUAUAACAUUCGAAAUGUUUACUUAAAAAUAAAUUGACACUUAUCGAAUUUGGUUACAUCUUGUUAUAAAUAUAUACUAGAGAAAACUAGACAUAAAAAAACGUUUUCCGUGAACUUUUCAGUAUUUAUUCCUAAAGACUUCCCAUGCCUCAUAUAAUUUUGUCUAGGCAUAAACAAAACUCGGAACAAAAUUUCAUAAAAUUUUCUAAACUAUACACAAAAAUGUUAAUUUUUUACGUAAAAUUUUUACUGGGAAAUAAUCUCUUAACAUUUUGAUCUGUUAAGGUAUAAGUGUUACUAAAUGUGGUGUCGUUCUCUAGUGUGACAUAGAUUUUUUACUGUAAUAUAUUUCAAUCCACUUAUGUAAUGAAACAUUUGUCAGUUUUCAUUAGUAAUUCUCGUCGGCCACAAUGAAUAAGGCAGUGAGAAAAAUCGCUUGAAAGUAUAAUAAUAGUAUUAUAAGCGCCUCUUGUGGUAUCAAUAUACAUUUUAUUUUGGUGGUGUCAUGUAAGUUAUUUUUAAUGGGAGAUGAUGUAUUGGGAUAACCAUUUGUGCAUAAUUCUGUAGGGCUUUAUUUUACAAUAGAUACAGUUAAAUUUCCGUAUGGUAUUGUUGUUAUAUUAAACUAUUAUGCUAUAUUGUAUCGGUUUCCGAAAUAAAUUACUUAAUUUAUUUGGAA